AGGCAUUGGAGCUCUGGGUCCGCGUUGUCUAUUGGACAAAAUACACAGCUACUGACCUCCUACGUCAAAGCUAUCUGAACUUUUCCCGAUGCAAGUCAUAUGGCAUAACCAGACAAUCCGACUGGCUGUAUAUCAGAGAUGCGGAGUGUUACUGGCAAUCGAGUGACUGACUGAAAGCGUUCUGCUUGCCGGAGAAGCGAUUCCCCAAAACACAAACGAGAAAAAGAGAAGCUGCCAUUUCCAGUAACAUCUAUAAAAUGAAAGCAAGUGUCCAUCUAUCUAGGAGCUUCUAGAGGUGGAAUAUAAAUGGGAAUAAACUGACUCAGAGGAGACAAGUAAUGUGUGAUGUGCAAUGCAGAUCAGUGUUCUCAGUGUUGUCACUUCAAAGUGGAUCCUUCCAGAGUCAUCGUGUCCAAGUGAAAACUGAACCAUUGGAUUCUGACAUAAGAGACUGAAAUGCGUUAUCUUCAUUACAUUCUGGAGAAAGUAAUAUAUGAAAAUAAUUGUACAAAAAUCAACGUAACUUCAGACUUCACAGUAUGCUGUGCUGUGUUUCUUCAUAGUUGCUUUUUUGUUUGGGGGUGCUUUGUCCACUUUUUAAGUUUAACUUUAGUGGCGUGCAGAAAGAACCAGAAAACAACAGCAGUUGAUCUCAAAAACUGUUACAAUAAGCAGCUCAACAGAAGGCUAGUAACGAACUGCAUUAGCCAAUUGGAGUGAAGGACAUGGCUUAUAUAUCAGUGUGAUUGGGUGUAAUUUAUAUAAGGUAGACUGACGGAGACCUUUCAGCCUGAAGUUCACCCAGCCAGACAAUCAUACUGCCACAUGUCAAACUGGAAGUGUUGGCUAUUCUAAGUAAAGACUUGCUUACUUAAUAUACUUAAAGCUAUUUUCUUUCUUAGCAGUAGAGUUGGAGUGGGAUGCUGAGGGAAGGUUGCCUAUAAAGAAAACUGCAACAUUUGGGUGCAAGCACCCCUUGUACAAUACAAAAAAAAAGGGAAAGUCUCUGACUGCACAGGAGUCUCCUUUCUUUGUAUGACAUGGAGAACAAUAAGAAUGUGCACAUUAAGGAAGAAGACUGUGAAUGGAAAUGCAUGCAGCAUCAGAUGAAUAUUUAUAGCAUUGAGGAAGAGGAUGAUUAUAAAUUGGGACUAAUAAACAUUAAAAGAGAAUCUGAGCCAACAUCAGAUACAAGAGACUUGCAGCUAAAUAAAAUUGUAAUCCAUGUCAAGGCAGAAGACUUCAAAUCAGAGGCUGUCUCUCAACUUGUGUGUCCAGAAGAAGAGCAAACUGGAACAGACUUCAUGAAAAGUAGAUCUCUCUCCUUCCAGAAUGAUUAUGUCCAAGUGAAAACUGAACCUUUAGAUUUUGACAUAAAGGAGGCUGAGGAUGCAUCAUGUUCAGCACAUUCUGGAGAAGAUUUACAAGAAAGACGGACCGUCUCUCAGCCUUCAUUUUUUGAGGCCUCACUUCACUGUAGACCACAGCAAAAUGAAAAUGAGAAAAAACUGACAUCGGAAUCAGAGACUUUGACACCAGCCUCCAUGAAAUCUAGUUCUCUACGUGUUGUUAAAUUAACAAGGGUAAGAAUAAUCCACACUAAACAGCAGGUGCACAAUUCAAAUUCAUCAGCUCUGUACUUUUGCCACAAGCAGACAAGAACAUUUAAAGAAAAAUCGAGAUCGAAACUUCACAAGGGUCACACACAACAGAAACCAUACUGUUCUGAAUGUGGAAAACAAUUCUUUAGCAAAAGCAGCCUUGAAAGACACAAACGAAUACACACUGGAGAGAAGCCAUAUUGCUGUUAUGAAUGUGGGAAAAAAUUUAACACCAGUACUCAUCUUCAGACCCACACAAGAAUUCACACAGGAGAGAAACCAUAUUGCUGUUCUGACUGUGGCAAACAAUUCUCAAGGAGUAGUUCUCUUCAGGUUCAUUCAAGAAUGCACACUGGAGAGAAGCCAUAUUGCUGUUCUGAGUGUGGUAAGCGAUUCUCUACUAAUAGCAGUUUUCAGAGACAUAAAAGAAUUCAUAAUGGGGAGAGACCUUAUCAUUGUUUGGAAUGUGGCAAAGAAUUUUCUGAUAUAAGCAAUCUUAAGAGUCAUGCAAGAAUUCACACCGGAGAGAAGCUAUUUCACACUUCUGAAUGCGGAAAACAAGUUUCUGAUGAAAGCAAUUUUUAUACUAAUACAAGAACUCACAAAGGAGAAAUGCCAUAUAGCUGUUCAGAAUGUGGUAAAGGAUUUAGCACAAAUGGCAAGCUUCAGAUCCAUUUAAAAAUACACAUUGGAAAGAGGCCAUAUUGCUGUUCUGACUGUGGAAAACGAUUCUCUAGGAGUAGCAGAUUUCAAAAACAUAAAAGAUUACAUAUUGGAGAAAGGUCAUAUCGGUGUUCAGAUAGUGGCAAACAGUUCUUUAAAACAAGCGAUCUUCAGAUUCAUACAAUAAUUCACAAAAGAGAAAUGCCAUACUGCUGUUUUAAAUGUGGCAAAGGAUUUAGCACAAAUGGCAAGCUUCAAGUCCACUUAAGAAUACACAAUGGAGAGAAGCUUUAUUGCUGUUCUGACUGUGGCAAAAUAUUCUCAAGGAGUAGUACUCUUCAGGUCCAUUCAAGAGUACACACUGGAGAGAAGCCAUAUUGCUGUUCUGCGUGUGGUAAACGAUUCUCAACGAGUAGCAGCUUACAGAGACAUAAGAGAAUUCACAGUGGAGAGAAGCCAUAUUGCUGUUCUGACUGCGGCAAAAAAUUCACUGAUAAAAGUAAUCUUCAGAAUCACACAAGAAUUCACAAGGAAAAAUCCAAAGUAAAUGGAAUAUGAUAUACAGUGGUAAAUAUGACUGAAGAGUGAGGCUCAAUCCUUUCUUGAUAGCAAGCAUGAAAAGCAGGGCAAGAAUUCCACUGAAUGUUCUGUUUACCAGCCCCUGACACUGAUGAACACAUUCAGUAUGUGACGUUAAUGGGAAAAGUGUUGGCUUGUUAUUUGCAAACUGGUACAUACAAAUCCAACCAGUUUUAUUACAAUUCACCACUCUUCUGACAAUGUGCUCCAUCUCUUGUGUAUUAUCAACAGUGACCAUUUGAAAGCCCUACCUCCCUUCUGCACUUUUUUAUUAGAUACAGAGGCUUUUGACUGGCUCUGAUAGUACUAUCCAGGGAGAGUCUUGGAAACACAAUAUUGAUUCCUUUUCCUUUGUUUUAUUUAUUCAAAAUGUUCAUUCUUUUUAAAAGCAUUGCUUCUUCUAA